ACAUAAUGCCGCAGCUGAGUGGAAGGCUCUUCUCUUGAUAUUUACUUGGAUAUAACUUAUGGUUUAAAAAUGUUUAAAGAAGGUAACUUACCUCACCCACAAUCCGGUGUCAAUGAAGAUCAAAAUCCGCCUCAAUACCAACCAUCAGUAAAUGGUUAUAAAAAUGCUCAACCCCAGCCGUAUCCAUAUCAAACAUACCAAUCCGAACCAUAUCUUAAGCAGAGCGAAGUUCUCAACCAGCAAGAAUAUUUUCCUCACAAUACUACUAUGUACUCACCAUCACCAGUAUACCUCACGAAUGUCUUGUAUUUCUCAACAUGCCCAAUGCAUGUUGUAUGUCAACAUUGCCGUGCCCAAGUUUUAACGUCAACUAUGCAUACCUCUGGUGUUGCUGUUUGGCUCAUUUCAUUAUUAAUUUGUAUUUUGGGAGGUUUUCUUGGAUGUUGCCUCCUUCCGUUUUGCAUCGAUGGGCUAAAAGAUGUUGAACACUUGUGUCCAAACUGUGGUAAAGUAUGUGGAGUAUGCAGAAGAUUAUAAGCUGAAUGAAAUAUAUAGUCGGGUGUAUAAAUAAAAAAAUAUAUUAUAAAAAUAUUUUGUAAAUAAAUUUUUGAAAUAGAUAUAUUUUUU